AGUCCGGCGCAGCUGAAGAUCGUUCCCCUCCAGGGACCCAUUUUCGGCUCACUGCACCGCAAGUUAGAAGGGGGAGGGGAACGCAGGGGGGAGGGGGAUGCAGUGGGGAGGGGGAUGCUGUGUGCGCAGUGCGCACGAAGGCUUCCCUUCCCCCCUGCGCCGCCAGUCAUAAGCGCGCAGGCCGGGCAGGAUAUUUAAAAUAAAUAAAUAAUCACAGCAAAAUCCUGCGGCACCACAGGCAGUGGCGAACGACACACAAGUGUGCCACGGCACCGCGGUUGGGAAUCACUGCUGUAGGGUAUCAUUUUAAUCGUAUGGACCUACAGAAUAAAAAGGUGUCAUUUUUACUGAAAAAUUUACUGUGUAGAAACAGAAGCCCACAAAAGUUACAAAAUUGCUUUUUUUUUUCAAUUUUGUCUCACAAUUAUUAUUUUUUCUGUUUCGCCAUAGAUUUUUGGGUAAAAUGACUGAUGUCAUUACAAAGUAGAAUUGGUGGCGCAAAAAAUAAGCCAUCAUGUGGAUUUUUAGAUGCAAAAUUGAAAGAAUUAUGAUUUUUAAAAGGUAAGGAGGAAAAAACGGAAGUGCAAAAACGAAAAAAAAAAAAACCUGGUCCUUAAGGGGUUUAAGCAGUGUUUCCCAACCAGGGUGCCUCCAGCUGUUGCAAAACUACAACUCCCAGCAUGCUCGAAGUUGUCAUUUUGAAACAGCUGGAGGCACACUGGUUGGGAAACACUGGGCUAUAAAGAGAAAGCUGACAGUCAGCGAAGGAAGCCAGGGGCUCAAGGAUAUGACAAGGCUGGUACCAAAUAACAUGAGUGUUGCAUGUCAGAGAUGACUGCAUAAAGGGGCUAAUAGGUUCCCUUUAAGGAACGACUAGAGGAGGAGUUUACUGACUGCAGAUAACAAAGGAUAUGACGUUCCCUUUAAGGCCCUGGAGUUAAAGGGAUAUUAGGGCCGCUGGAAUGAGGUUCAAUGGGGGGGGGAUGGGAUAGAGGCUAAAGAUGGCUGAGCGGCACCAAGCGAGGUAUGCUUCGGUUGGCUGAAAGUUUGGAGGCGCUGGCAGGCGUUCGGAGGACAAAGCUCCCUCCAUGUUUUGUGCGCUACAGAAAGAUUGAAAGGACUCAUCUUAAAAAAUUGCAGCAUGACAAAAAAUCCCCCAUCUGUUCAGCUUACAUUGUUUAGCCCCAUAGAGAAAGAAGACCUUGAUGAGAAGGUAAAAUGUGAGCAUACUGAAUGUUGUGGAAAGGAAUUACCACAUAUACCUAGUCGCAAAAUGAGUACAGCCAUACAAAGCCUUCAUGAUGGGAUGGCAAUGAAGUUGGGAAAGUUAGAAGUUCCCCAUCGAACAACUGUUACUGUUAAAAGGGAGACUGAUGAUAUUGAAAGUUAUCAGGAAGGACCUAUCUCAAGAAAGGAACUCAAAUGUGGGAUCUGCUCUGAAAAAUUUGAGUACAUGUCCGAGCUGAUGUUUCAUGAACAAAUGCAUUGUGGCAGAAAUUGUUUUGAAUGUCAGAUCUGUGGACGUCCAUUUCAGAAUAGCUUAAACUUGAAAGACCACUAUAAUGUGCACACAAAUGAACAUCCUUAUAAAUGUGAAUUAUGUGCCAAAGCCUUCACCCAGUCUUCCUCUUUAUUAACCCAUAAACGUACUCACAUCACAGAAAAAACCUAUAUAUGUGAUAUAUGUGGAAAGUUAUUUAAAGAUGCUUCAAACUUUAUUAAACAUAAACGCCUUCAUAACCAACCAGAAGAUCUACCAAAUCAAGAACAGGUAGGAAGUACAUUACUGCCUGAAAAGCCAUAUGGAUGUUCCUAUUGUGAAAAAGCUUUUAAGCGUACUUCAGACUUAAAAGAUCAUGAACGAGUUCACACUGGAGAGCGGCCAUACCGUUGCAGAAUAUGUGACAAAUGUUUCACACAGUCUUCAGUGUUGACAGGACAUAUGCGCAUUCACACUGGGGAGAAGCCAUUUCAUUGUAAUGUCUGUGGUAAAACUUUUAACAAUUCUUCCAAUUUUAAAAAGCAUCAGCGUACACAUACGGUGCAAGAUAUUAUUGCAAAAGUGAAAACAGAUGAAAUUUUUAUUUCAAAACAGCCGCUUCGAAUCAAAAAUAGCAUGAGUUAUCCUAAUGGCAUGUGUGCAUUUUUUAACCGAAAAGAUAUAGGUAGAAUGGUGCUAAAUGAUGACGAUAUUACAUUUGUAUCUGAAAAGAAAAUUCCUGAAGAAAGUAAUGAAAAAUUAACUAUACAUGAACUUCCCUCUUCAAUAAUGACUAGUAGCUUUAAAGCAAGACAACCUCUUAACAUAACUGACAUUAAGGCAAUACAAAUGAUGCACUUCCAGAAUGAAGUAGACCUGGUUUCAGAAUAUUCAAUCUUAAAUGGUGAAACUGCAUUUCAUGUAAAUGCAGAAGAAGGCAUUAAACCAAAACUUUUAAGGUCUCCCACAUAUGAAUGUAGCAAUACUACAUCUAAAGCUGAAAACGUCAACUAUUAUACUAAAGAAGCACAAGAUAUAUAUGUAGAAAUAUCGGAUACUACUGAUGAUGAAGGUGAUGAUAGUGUUGUCGGUCUAGCCAGAUGUUCAUUUCAAUACCAGAUUAAAGAUCCUAACACUAAAGUAAAAAUGAAUGUGAAAGAUAUCCAGUCAGCAAAUGAGAAUGCAAUACUUGCUAAGGAGUUCAUUCAACGUGUCAAUGAAAACUGCCAAGAGAAUACUGAGAGUGAUUUACCCUGCAGUGUUUCAGAUGUGACAGACCAAGAAGACUUGAUGUUAGAAAGAACUAUGGAAUGUUGGGACUCUAACAUAAAUAACUUUGACCAAGAUGGAUGUCAUUUUUUUGAAAUAGAAGCAAAACCCUACAUUUGUUUUGUGUGCUCUAAACGUUUUAAAAGGGCUACAGACUUAAAAGAGCAUUUGAGGGUUCAUACAGGUGAAAGGCCUUUUGUUUGUCAAGUUUGUGGCAAAGGAUUUACUCAGUCAUCUGCUCUGUCAAGUCACCAACGUAUCCAUACUGGAGAAAAGCCUUUUCAGUGUGAUGUGUGUUACAAAAGGUUUAAUAACUCUUCCAACUUUUCUAAACAUAAAAGGGUGCACACUGGAGAGCGACCGCAUAAUUGCCCACUUUGUGGAAAGAGCUUUCAGGAAAAGCGCAGAGUUAAGAGACAUUUAAAAGCUGUUCACCAUAUCCUGGAGUGAGAUACUGUGUACAUGCUGAUAUUUUACCAAUGUGUUACUUAGAAAUGUACUAUGAACUGUUUUUAGUAAUUAGCUAAUUUCUAAAUUGUAGCUUUAAACCUGUACACUUUAAAUGUGUAUUUGAUUAAAAGAAAACUCUAGCUCAGCCUAUUUUUUUUAAAUAAAAUUGACAGUUCUGUAGAUUUUCUACAGCAACCAAAAGUACAGUAUCCCAUGUACUGGUCUGCCAUUCCAUCAGAAGACAUCCUAAAUGUUAAUUUGAAUAGGUCUAGAGAAAUUAGCAUAAACAUAUGCAUGCUUAUAGGCCAAAUGUAUUUUGUCAAAAUUAUAGGGAGUAGAUGGCAUUUAAUAGCCAAUUUAUCCAUGAGACUAAACAAAUACUUCUAACAAAAUUAUUGGUUCUAGCUAUUUGUAAAUUCUUGUUUUACGUUCUAAUAUACUAUAGUUUUAUUUAAGACAAAAUUUACCAGAGGCAACAUAUGAAAAGUCCUUUUUAGUAAGUGUGCAUGUAUCUCUCAAGUUACAAGCCUUGUAACCGCCUUGUCUCGGGAACCGCCAAGUUUAGAAGAGGUUUGCUAUGGGAAUUUGCUUCUAAACUGGGUGUUUCCCGAGACACGUGUCAUCAGAGAUUACUUAGACAGAAAAGAACAACCUUAACUUCAGAAGCUCAUAAGUACUGAAAGGAUUAAGAUUUUUUUAAUAGAAGUAAUUUACAAAUCUGUUUAACUUUCUGGAACCAGUUGAUAUAUAAAAAAAAGUUUUUUCCUGGAAUACUCCUUUGAUCUUAAGGUUGCACUACUGAUAGGUCCUUCAUUCAUUACUUUCUAUAUUUUGGCUCUGCUCAGUUUUUCAUCAUUCAUGCACACUGUACACACAACAACCUGUAUUACGGCCAGCAAGGAAUUCAAAUAAACCUGUAUUAAAAUAAAACCUAACAUGUCUGAAACCUACUUUUGGGGAAAAAACUGUAUGCUGUAAAAGAGGAACAUUUAUUUUUAGACUUUCUUCCCCCCCCCCUUUCUGUAUGAUUAAAUAUGUUUUGCAAAAUAACAAAUAAAAUGUUUUGCUAUUUUAACCUCAAAAAGGGUUUCCAAAUGUAAACCAGUCAAACAUUUUCCCUGUAAAGGCAAAUGUUAUCUUAAAUGUCUGUAUACAGAGCCUCAAUUUGGUGCAGUAGCCAAAUUUUUUUUUUUUAAGCUUACCAUUCUUUAGAUUUCUCUCUAAAGGUGACCAUAUACCCCCACCCCAAAUACACAUACAUGCUUAGCUUGGGCACUCAUGUAUUUUCAGUGGGAAGAGGGGAGUAGACAGACAGGUCACAAUCAUAGUUGUCUGGUUGCUAUCUCCACAUAGAACAAAAUAAUUUGUUGACAUUUAAAGGGGUACUCUGCCCCCGUGUGAUGUCCCCCCCCCGACCUUGCUAUGCAAGUCUAUGGGACGGGGCAUGACGGCCGUCACCCCCCCUCCCAUAGACUUGCAUGGGGGGGUGACGUCACAUGGGGCAGAGUCCUGACGUCUCGAUACUCCGGCCCAUUGUCGCCACCCGGCUGUUUGUGAACUGGCACCGUGGCGUGCAGCUCGAACAGGUGGGUAGUGAAUACAAGAUUGCGGGGGUCCCCAGUGGUGAGACAUCUUAUCUGUCUCAGGGCGGGAGUACCCCUUUAACAUGCCUGCUUAUAUGUCUUUAACAUUUGGAGAGAGUCAGAAAGGCCCCAAAAUUUAGGUCUGCUUUUCCAUAAUAUUCACAGAGAGAGGCAUAACGUCUCAUUUAUUAUAUGGCUAUUUUCAAAGAAAAAAAAUCCUCUAAUACCGACCGACAUUUUAACAUCUGAGCUAAGAAGAAUGCUUUUGCUCAGCCAAAGAAUAUCUAAGGCUAGGGCUACACAGUGAAUGGUGUCUGUACAACGUCACUUCAAUAUUACGCUGCUAUGUUGCUGUUAAGGGGAUAUCUGGCAAAAAGAAAAAUUGUCCCCUCUACACAAGGGAUAAGUGUAUGAUCGCGGGGCCUCUUCCUGCUUCCAUUCAGCCUGCUCAACCAAGAGUAUUUUUUUCCUUUUUUGUAUAAAUCGGUAGUAAAAUGAUUAGAUUCAGCCAUAUAUUCAGCUAUAAACGGUUCAGCACACAUUAUUGCUAAUUUAAAAGUAUAUUCAAACCAAAGACUUGCAUAUUUCCAGAGUAUGCCAUAAAUGUUUGAUAGGUGGGGUGCUUUGACCUGCUUUGAACACUGCAGGCAAAUAGAAGAACUGACAACCUUGGUGAUUUCACCACCGUUUUCCUUUCAGAAUUUUUGAAUAUGCCAUAAAUGUCUUUGGCCAAAUCACACCUUUUUUAUAUACUCUUUCAAAAUGUUUACUUUGGGAAUAGUACCAUCCCAAACAAACUAGGAAGUGCAACACUAUGCUACUAGUUUUUUUUUUUUUUUUUUUUUUUCUUUUAACCUAUUUUUGGUAAAUGUUAACCUUGCCAUUUAUUAACUUGGAAUAAAACUUGUAAUUUGUAAUGUUCUCUUGUUAUGUGUACAUAGCAUAGUUUUGUAAGCAGUAUUAACACUUCUGAAACCUCUUUCAAAAUCUGAAUGGAGUGUAUCUACAUACAUAGAAUAUCUACUAACCUGCCAUGAUGAUGUUUUAACAGUUUUGGGUUUCAUUAAAGAAAAGUGCUUUAA